AUGUCCGAAUCCUCUAUCGACAUAGCGCCCGAUUUUUCAGACAACUUGAAAUGGCAUCCGACGGACGCCCAUGAAGAAAACCUCUCCUUCUCCGAAGUUGCACCAGUAGACGUGGCCGUUCGAAAACUCACUGUCCAGGCGUAUCGCUGGUAUAAACGCUUCUCCUCUGGAGACGAGGAGUCCCUCAAAUCUCAGACAAUACUCAAUACUAUCGAUUCCGAUUUUCCUCACUCGAGUCUGACUGGCAUCAUCGGUAGCAGCGGUAGUGGAAAGGUACGUCCUAUAGGACUACAUUUCCUGAACAUUCUGUCUCAUCGUAUGAAAGGGAAAAGCCUCUGGAUUCGAGGACAACUGCUUUACAACAAUUCUCCUUCCCUUUCAAGUGUCACUUAUGCCUACGUCACUCAAACCGACGUCUUUCUACCCACGCUGACUGUCCGUGAGACGCUCAUGUACGCCGCGGACCUUCGUCUCCCCGAUUCGAUCAGCCACGAGAAACGUCAGAGACUUGUCGAGGAGAUCAUCCUCGAGCUCGGACUAAAGGAAUGUGCGGACACAUUAGUUGGGGACGGCGUGACAAGGAAAGGAUGCUCGGGUGGUGAAAGGAGACGUCUGAGUGUCGGAGUUCAGCUGCUCGGAAAUCCAUCCAUCCUCUUCUUGGACGAGCCAACAACUGGUCUCGAUGCAACAAGUGCUUAUCAGCUUGUCAAGACGCUGAAGAGCCUUGCGAAGAAGGGUCGGACAAUCAUCAUGACGCUUCAUCAGCCUCGGUCUGAGGUUUUCCUCUUACUCGACGCGGUGACAUUGCUCGCCCGAGGACAAUCGUUGUAUUCAGGCCCUGUUGUAGAUGCCGUGCCGUGGUUCGAACGCAGGCUACCUUCACCAGGGGUGCAUAUUAAUCCUGCAGACUAUCUGAUUAAUAUCGCGGCCAUCGACUCACGCACAAGGGAGGCAGAAGUCGCUGGGAGAGCCCGCGUGAAUAUACUUAUCGCAGCGUGGAGAGAGGCGUCAGCAAUGCGCUUCCCUGGAUAUAAAUCCAGCAAUUUACCGUUCAGUCGAGUUGUACGUACCCUCGUCUCGAGAGCACUGAAAUCAAAUAUGAGGGACAAAUGGGGCGUUAUGGCGGCAUGGAUUGAAGCCAUCUUGAUGGGAUUCAUUGUGGGUUCAGUAUUCCUUCAACUACCGGACUCGAUGGCUGGCAUCCGCUCCCGCCAGGCAGCGCUCUAUGUCUCUGUUGGGUUUCAAGGCUAUCUCGUUUUCAUAUACGAGGUAUACCGAUUGACCAGUACGGACAUGCCGCUUUUCGAUCGAGAACAUGGCGAAGGCGUCGUGGGAGUGCUACCAUGGAUCAUCAGCCAUCGUAUUGCGCAUGGUAUCGUAGAGGACAUCUUCGUACCCUUCAUCUUUUCGGGAAUCAGCUAUGCCAUGAUCGGACUCGCACCGGAUUUCGCGCUGUCGACGCUCAUUACAAACUUGGCCUUUGCAGUACAUACCCAUGUAUGCGGCUUCUUUCUUCAGGCGGAUUCGAUCCCGGUGUAUCUUCGGUGGGCCAAGUGGAUUUCGCAUCUGUUCUACGGCUUCACAGCUCUCGUUGAUAACGAGUUCAAGGACCGCAACUUUGACUGUCCCCUGGGUGAUGCACCUUCCAAUCCCGGUUGUAAUGCCUACCGCGGCGACUUCAUCAUCGAAUCCCUUGCUGUGCCACGCCAGGACUGGUCUAUGAUCCCUCUUAUCGCUAUACUAGGUUUUAUUACCUUCUACUUUAUUGCGCAGAUACUUGUCCUCCAUUUAUUUACAGUCAACACCACCAUUCUCAACAAUACCCGACACCUUUCGAACCAGAGAAUCAAGGAAACGCACCCCACAAACGUUGGAUACUCCCCGCGACUUGAUACAGAAGGUGUCCAUGUGGAUCUCAAGAACUAUUCCCUUCGUGCAUGCAUUCGUGGAGGAAGGUGCUUUAGUAUCAUAGAAUGCAUCAAUACACGGUUCGAGCCUAGAAAGGUCAAUGUUAUUCUUGGACCUUCGGGAAGUGGGAAAUCGUCGUUGUUGAAUUCGAUGACUCAUCGCCUACAGGCGACCUCUUCGACAACUUACGCAGUGGAAGGAGAGAUGAAACUUAAUGGCGUUUCAGCGACGCGGGAAAGAAUCCGUGCCCUGUGUUCAUAUGUGACCCAAGAUGACACAUCUCUCCUCCCAUACCUCACCGUACGAGAGACUUUAGAGUUUGCUGCCGCUCUUAGGCUGCCGAGUUGGAUGUCGAAGAAACACAAGUAUCAGAAAGCGGACGAAGUGAUGAAGAAGAUGGGACUGAAGGGCUGCGCUGAUACGCUGGUCGGAAAUGACGUGCUGAAAGGUAUCUCAGGAGGAGAGAAACGCAGGGUCAGCAUUGCGAUUCAGGUAUUAACAGAUCCUCAGGUCUUGAUGCUGGAUGAACCCACCUCUGGAUUAGACUCUUUCACGGCAGCAUCGAUUAUGGACGUGUUGGGACAACUCGCAGAUGAAGGCCGUACAAUCAUAACCGUACUCCACCAGAGCUCUUCGGAACUAUUUGAGCAUUUCGGGAACAUUCUCCUCCUCGCCAAAGGUGGGAGAGUUGCAUACUCGGGACCUGCUGGAAGGAUGCUUGGGUAUAUGCAGUCGGCGUGGGCCUUUGAUUUUGCAUUGGAUGUCGUUUCUGUUGACUUGCGGGAAGCCGAGCAAGAAGAGCUGAGCCGUGAGAAGGUAGAUAUGCUUGUUGAAGCGUUCAGAGAUGGGGAACACCGAACUUUGAAUGAGGAAACGAAGACUGGCCAAUUGCGAAUUGACACGAUGGGAGUGGAAAAGAAGAUGACACCGAUUACAACAUCACUGCCGAUUUUAUUGAAACGAGGCGCUCUUGCAUUCAGCCGUCGAUCGGGGAUUGUUCAAGCGCGGUUUGGUAAUGCUGUCGGCCUUGGGAUUGUGUCUGCCUUGUUCUUCUCUCCGCUUGGUCACGACUACAUCAGUAUUCAAAAUCGGAUUGGAUGCAUACAAGGAAUUCUUCCCAUUUACUUUGUAGGGAUACUGCAGAACAUGGCCGUCUACCCAAUGGAGAGGGAUAUCUUCUACCAGGAAUACAGCGAUGAUGCAUACUCUGUCGAAUCCUUUUUCCUUGCGUAUACUAUCCUGGAGUUGCCUUUGGAAGUCGUGGCCUGCUUCACGUUCUCUGCUUUAGCGGCCAUUGCAACCAACCUCUUGCGUUCCGUCGAUAUGUUCCUCGCCGUCACUCUCAAUGCUUUGUGUAUGGUCAAUGCAGGAGAAUCUCUCGGAAUCAUAUUCAAUACGAUAUUCCACGAGAAUGCCGGCUUGGCGUUGAACGUAGCGAACGUGAUUCUUUGUGUGAUGAUGUUCAUGGCUGGACUGAUGAGUGCAGAUAUGCCGGCUUUGCUCCAGGACAUCAACAAAAUCUCACCUCUGAGAUACGUUAUUCGGAAUAUCAUGCCGCUUGCUUUCGGUGGACAGGUGUUUACCUGUGAGGAUGAUCAGAGACUAUCUGACGGGUCGUGCGCUGUCAGCGUCGGUGAGCAGGUCCUUGAGAUGUAUCAUGUGGAUGGCGAUGCUGGAGUUGUCAAUCUUUGGGCGGUCGUAGUUACCAUGGUGGUGUAUCGCUUUCUAGCGUAUGUAGCGGUGAAGUUUUCAAAUGCGACGAGGUAACAAACAUUGCACAUAAUCUGUUGUUUGUAGAAACAAUGCGACGAAUGUAGAAGAAAUUUUCCC